CAUAUGCUCACUUAUCGAUCUUGGUCCGGAUUUCAAAAGAACUCUCGCUGCUCUUGCGUCAACAUGCAAGGCCUUCAAAGAACCAGCGUUGGAUGAGCUGUAUCGAGAGGUUGACGUGUCAGAGGCGAUGAUGUGCCUACCAAAGGAUUUAUGGACUUUCAACUCGAGCAGGGUCAUGAUUUUUCAACGAAGCAUGCUGCUAUCAGAUUGGAGUAUUCUUGAACGAUAUGCGUCCAGGGUCCGGUGUCUAGUGAUGAGCUUUGACGGAUGUACGGUACACGAAGAUCUUCUCGGCUCUAUAUCAUUCUACUGCGAUGGCCCUCUGUUUCUGAACCUUCAGCAUGCAUGGUUAGGAGGGUUCCCGUUCGCUUUCCUUCACCUUGUUCUCAGUCCCAGACUCGUCGAGUUUGAGGUCGAAGAUUAUCCCGAGAACUACUUUCACUCAUUUGUCCUGGUCAGCCGCACAUGUCCAUCUCUGCUGACUAUCGAUAUAAGCGGAGACGCAAGUGCCAAAUCAGAAACUGUCCUCCCUAUCGUGUUAUCCGAUGCCGUAGCCGUCGGGUUCAAGAAGCUGAAGAGUUUGCAACUCUACCACCCUAGCGUUAUCCAUAACCCAUACGAUAUUCUCCCCGCUUUAUCCCGGCUGGAGUCCCUGGAAGACCUCCUGCUCUUCAUACAGCCGGACUCCCCCUUUAGGCUAGUCACUGCCUCUCACCAACGCUUGACCCCCUUCCCUUCCCUUCGGAAACUUUUUCUUGAAGCAGGUGGAGCAAGUCAUACCACACGCCUGAUGUGCUGCCUUUGUGACCUUUUAAGUUUGAACGAGCUAGUUGUCAACUUCAAUGUGUCGUCGGAGAACGUCGACGAGGUUUCCGACAUGGUGCGGGUGCUCUCCGGAACUUUACCAAAGAAUAUACGCAAACUCAUCAUCAAGAACACCCCGAGUUUGGACGACGGCUACCCAGCGCUUCUCAGUCUCACUCUUUUUCGUCAAUUAUAUCAGUUCACUAACCUGGUCGAAUUCAGAUUUGAGCUUGAUUCUUGCCCCUCGAUGGACGACAUUACCAUUGAAGAGCUGUCGCACGCAUUCCCCUGUCUUGAACACCUAUCCCUCGGCCGAAGUUCUCUCCCAAAUACGCCCCCAAGAGCCACUUUGUCAACUCUCGCAGUUCUUGCAAUGAACUGCUCUCGUCUUCGCUCAAUAGGGAUGAUCGUCGACUGCACAGUUGCCGCUAAUGCGACGCUCGACUCGUCUCCGCCAAUCGUAAGCGAGAACUGUAUUGAAACGAUGAGCUUGGGAGAUUCGCCCAUCGAUGACGCCCGGUUCACCGCACAUCAUCUGUCGCGCAUGUUUCCCCGCCUCUGUUCCCUAGUACAGGCUCGGUUUGACCCAUCCACAGCCAACAGUUGGGAUUGGUUACUGGUUGAUAGUUGGAUUGGGUGA